AUGGCUCGGCUAGCCACGUCAAACCCUAUACUCCUUACCCCUCGAACUGCUCGGCGUCGUCUUCGAAAGAUCGAGUAUCGUAUUAUAGAUCGGGUGCUUACUAUUACGACUGAUAACGCAUCGAAUAACGAUACUCUGUCUGAAGGAUCUCCUCGCGAUGAUGAAGCUCGACCUAAAAAACGAGAGUAUAGACCGGUAGUGGAUACGUCCCUGAAACAUCUUCGAAAGCGAGGUAUUAUCUAUACUCUUGCAAAAGUCUGUGGUCUAGCUAUAGGUGUUAACGCUAGUCCUUAG